ACUGUGGAAGUUGGCAGAGGUCCAGAGCUUGCCCCUGUUAGCCUUCCAUUCUGUAUUUUACCCCUUCUUCCUCCCUCACCAGGCCCAGCCUCCAGCUCCCCCAACCCUCUGCUGGCCUCGCUGCCCCUGCCUGCUCGGCCUCUGCAGCCCCCACUGGACAUCAAGCAUUUCCUGACCUUCCACUUCAAUGGUGCAGCCCCACUCAGCCUUUUCCCCAACUUCAGCACGAUGGACCCAGUCCAGAAAGCAGUAAUCAGUCACACUUUUGGAGUCCCCUCCCCUAUAAAGAAGAAGCUGUUUAUCUCCUGUAACAUCUGCCACUUGAGGUUCAACUCUUCGAACCAGGCUGAAGCUCAUUACAAAGGUCACAAACAUGCCAGAAAGGUCAAGGCUGUGGAGGCUGCCAAGAGUAAGCAGAGGACCUAUACUCCAGCCCGGGAUAGAGCCACUGGUCCGCCUACCACCCCACCUGAUAGCAGAGCUCCUGGAGAACCCCAGAACAAGGCUCCCUUGGCACCCUCUCCUGGAUCCCCUUUAGUUCUGCUGAAGACUUUGGACUCCACUCCCAGGGAGUCAGCUGGCCUGGACCUCUCCGAUGCCUCUUCUUCUUCGUCUUCUUCCCCUUCCUGUUCCCCCUCAUCCCCAGGGCCAGGGGCUGAAAUGCCUGGUACUAGAAUGGAGGUAGGGGCAGGAAGCAGUGUGGGUACAGACAACCGGAAUGAGAAGGGCCCUCUCUACUGCCCUACCUGUAAGGUCACUGUCAACUCAGCCUCACAGCUUCAGGCCCAUAACACAGGAGCCAAACACAAGUGGAUGGUGGAUGGCCAUCGAGGAGCUCCUCGAAGGGGCCGGGGCCGAAUUAUGCCUCGGGGAGGGGCCAGGCACAAGGCUAAGUGUGUGGCAGGGGCCCCAGGUGGCAAACCGGGGCCAAGCCCUUCUUUCCACUGUGCCCUCUGUCAGCUCCACGUCAACUCUGAGACCCAACUCAAGCAGCACAUGAGCAGCCGAAGACACAAAGACAGGCUGGCAGGCAAGCCCCUGAAGGCUAAGGUCAGUCAGCAUAGCAAGCUACAGAAACAUGGGGCACUGGCUGUGAGUAUCCUCAAGUCUAAGCUGGCUCUGCAGAAGCAACUUACCAAGACCCUGGCAGCCCGAUUCCUGCCCAGCCCCCUCCCUACUGCUGCAGUAUGCACCCUUCCAGGGCCCUUGGCUCUCCGACCAGCCCCAGCCGCUGCUACCACCCUCUUCCCAGCCCCGAUGCUGGGCCCUGCCCUGUUCCGAUCACCAGCAGCAGCUGUCCGCCCAGCUACUGGGCCCAUUGUCUUUGCUCCAUACUGAUCCUCCCUGGGGGAGGCCAAACCUAACUCCCCGGCAGUCCUGUCUCCUGUCUCCAUGGCCACGGAGCAGUGUCUCUUUACCACCAGUGGUCUCCGAUGGGGAGAAGACAAAGCCCAGUCUCAGAGUCAGCAUCAUCUUCUCCCUUUCCGAAAGACUGAAGGAGGUGGCCUCUAAGGUCUCUUCCGACUCUAAAUCUGACCUUAUGCCUCACACUUCCAGCUCACAGGAGGUAACCACCCCCUGCCAUUGUGGGGGUGAGGAACCAGGUGUCUCUAUCAAUCAUCCAUUCCCUCCAGUUAUGGUGGCCCUGUAGUCUACAGCCAAGGUCUCCCCAGUCCCAGAUCCCCAACAAUCUAUGCAAAAUCUCCAAAGCCAGCUCCAUGGUGUUCUCACUUUUCAAGGGAAAUAAGAGGGAAGCAAAUUUGGUUAUCCACCUACCCCAGCCCCUGCAAUGUGGGUGACUGGAGGGUUUCCAACCCCUUAAAUCUGAGCAUCUUAGCUUUGCCAAGUAUGUUUCUCCAGGGCCCAAGGGCAAGCGACAAGUUUAUGACCUGUAUGGGAUGCCUUCCACCAAAAAGACCUCUCCACCCUGGGCAUAUAAUUCUUUGGGGGACCACAGAAAGGGGAUGUUGGGGGGGAAGAUGGGGUUGGGGCAGUAUUCUCCUUAGGGAGAAUGUGGACUUGGGGAAGAGAAGUAUAAUGGGGGGAAGAGAAGGACAUUUGUAAGUCUGGGCAGUGCUAAGGUAGGGAAAAGAGAAGACUGCUUCAUUUUCAGAAGGAUGUGUUAAUGUGAUGGGAUGAAUGAGGAGAGGUCAGCUAUAGGUGGAAAUGGUAGUCCAUUCUAUGGCUUUGCUAUGAAAAAAGUCCAGUCUGCAUCAGCCAGGCCACUUCCUAUCCUAGACUUUGCCCUUAGCCAAAGCCCUGCUCUUCUGUCUUCCAGGAUGCAUGCCUGGCCAACAUCUGCGCCUUCUCAGCACCUUCUGUUCCCCCUGCGUCUUUUAAACCUUAUAGCAAUAACAGUCAUUCUCCCUUUCUUCCCCCCCCACCCCCUCCUCAUUCUAUUCCAAUGCACUUUAGCCUCCCUCCCUCAGAAAAGCCAUUCCUUGUCCUUCACAUCCCAGACCACAGCACCCUCCAAAUCUACCUAGUCUGUAAAAUUGGAGUAGUGGGACCCAGUCUGAUCCAAGAUUUCUAAUAAUUGUUUUCAAGAUAUCCCCUGCCCUACCUCCCGGGACUUGGCCAGUAUCCUCCACCUAGCUAUUUUUUCUUCAGAUGU